AUGGCAUCCAAAUCUAAUCUUUUUCUCUUUACUAUCACUCUCCUGCUCGCCCUUCUUACUCUCCUCUCUUAUGCAACUGCUUCUCAUCCCCACAACAAGAGCUCUUCCCCAUUUGAGUUCCUUGAACAUCUCAAGGGUUGCCACAAAGGUGAUAAGGUCAAAGGCAUCAAUGAUCUCAAAAAAUACCUUGAAAAGUACGGUUACUUGAACUACAAGAACCACAGUCAUUCGGACGAUGAUGAUUUUGACGACCUUUUGGAGGAAGCCAUCAAGACUUACCAGAUCAAUUACCACCUCAAGUCCACCGGAACAUUAGACGGCAAAACAGUGUCGAAGAUGAUGACACCUCGUUGUGGCAUGCCGGAUAUCAUCAAUGGCACCUCGUCCAUGAGAUCAGCCAAGAAAAGGCACCACCAUGGUUCAAUUCAUACCACUGCUCACUACUCAUUUUUCCAGGGAAAUCUAAAAUGGCCUUCUUCUAAAUACCAUCUCACUUACGGUUUUCUCCCCAACACCCCAUCUGAAGCCAUGGGCGCUGUCGCACGGGCUUUCGCAACAUGGGCUGGAAACACUCACUUCACGUUCAGCCAGUCCCAAAGUUACGAGAAUGCGGAUUUGAAGAUUAGUUUUCAUAAGGGUGAUCAUGGAGACGGGAAUUCAUUUGACGGCCCGGGCGGGGUCCUAGCCCAUGCUUUUAGCCCGUCGGAUGGAAGAUUCCACUACGACGCAGAUGAGCCUUGGUCUGUGGGUGCUACACCAGGUGCUUAUGACUUGGAGACUGUGGCUUUGCAUGAAAUUGGGCAUCUUCUGGGACUUGGACAUAGCUCAGUGGAGGGAGCUAUCAUGGCCCCAGCUAUUCCCCCGGGAAUGACUAAAAGUUUGCAUGGGGACGAUAUUCAAGGAAUCAGGGCUUUAUACAACGUCUGAGGAGCAGUGCUAGCACUAGCUCGAUCAAACAAUUCAAUGCCUUGUUGUUAAUUACCACGUAGUCUUUUGUUGAUUAUGCUCCCCCACAGUCAGCUUUUAAUUCUUCUUUCCUUUAUCAAAUAAGGUAUCUGAAUAACUUGUGUCGAGAUUUUUCAGAUUCAAAAGUAACAAAGAGAGUUGUUGUACACUUGUAUGUAUGAAGAGCCGAUGCUUUGGCAAAUUAUGGUACAUCUUUUUUUGAUCGAGUUGGUGUGGUGAGAUGUGCCUCCCCUUUUGUUUUGCAGCAUUUUAUUUUCUCCUCAAAUUUAUUUUUGUUAGUCUUUUUGUUGUUCGAGGUAUUGGUUUUGGUUCCGCUCCUAUUGUUCUUUCUUUAAUUAAUAAAAUAGAGUGAUCGGGAGGUUGUCACUCAUCUUUCAUA